AUGCUGACAGCUGCCCGCACCGGCUUUAACCUACCUACAUUUGACCUCGGUAACUACGGAAGCCGCCGUGGGAUCGGCACGGUGCAGUUGAGAGGGAUCGAGAUCACGUUACCUCAGCCCCUACCAACCACAUACUGUUUGGCUAGUGUACAACAGAAGAGAAGAGAAGAGAUGGAGAAUCAUGGACCAACAGGAGCAUUGACACGGCAAUUGCAAGGCCUGCUCGACCGGAGGCACAAGAAUUCUACACUUCGAAAUCUGACAUUGCCCAAACCCAAUCAAAUCGACUUUUCCUCCAACGACUUUCUCUCUCUAUCAACAUCACCUCAGCUCAAAGCGCUCUACCUCGAUGAGCUUCAAAAUACCAAUCUGCCGCUUGGAAGUGGCGGAUCGCGACUCUUGGAUGGGAACUCAGUCUAUGCGGAAGAGCUAGAGCGGGAAAUUGCGAGGUUUCACGGUGCAGAGGCCGGCCUCUUGUUCAACUCUGGAUUCGAUGCGAAUGCAGGCUUCUUCGCCUGUGUGCCGCAACAUGGGGAUGUGAUUGUGUACGAUGAGCUUGUCCAUGCGAGUGUGCAUGAUGGGAUGCGGCUGUCUAGAGCUCGAGAGAUGGUUGCAUUCGCUCACAAUUCAGUGUCUAACCUACGCCAGAUACUCCAAGGUAUCCAAAAGGAGAAUCAGGGCAACAUUUUUGUGGCAGUAGAGUCGAUAUACAGCAUGGACGGGGAUGUUUCGCCUCUGAAAGCGAUUGUAGAUGUGGUUGAGGAUAUUCUUGGUCGCAACCGAGGCUACAUAAUUGUGGAUGAAGCGCAUUCUACUGGUGUCCUUGGGCCACAAGGAAGAGGAUUGGUUUCGGAGCUUGGAUUGGACAACUGCAUUUUCGCACGACUCCACACCUUUGGAAAGGCUUUAGCGGGCAACGGAGCCAUCGUGCUAGGAUCCAAGACUCUCCGACACUAUCUUAUCAACUACGCACGUCCACUCAUUUACACAACAUUUCUCCCUUAUCCUUCACUAUCCUUAAUUCGAUCAUCCUACACAUUACUCUGGUCAGGCAAGAGCAUAUCAUUGCAAACUCAUCUCCACCACCUGACCGAAACACUCUACAAACAACUCAUUGAUCUUCAGUCCAUCUCCUCGACAUCACGAUCGAUGCUCAAAAUCCCGAGCGCCUGUCCAAAGUCACCCAUAUUCUCUGUUCAACUAGAAAGUCCCAGGCAGCUGGCUGCGUUUCUACAAAGUCGGGGCAAGAUGGUGAGAGCGGUGGUUCCUCCUACUGUGCCGGUAGGAACUGCCAGAGUGAGAAUUUGUUUGCAUGCUGGUAAUACAGCAUCAGAGGUCGAGCAAUUGGUCAGUGCGCUUCAGGAAUGGUGCAAUGGCCAGGCGAGUGAAAAACAGGAGAGUAACAAGAAGACAGAACCAUCUAGAGCUAGGCUUUGA